UAGAAUUUUCUCAUACGCCGUUCUUGUUCGUCUCAGUAACAAAACAACAAUAAAAAACCUCAAUUUCUUAACUUCGAAAUUACUUUUUUUUAGGAAAACGAGGAUUAGUUAGCCAUGUAUGAGAAUCUCGGCUCAAAUUCGCCUUCAACCUGCAACGGUUUCUCUCUCCGGAUUUUUUAAAGAUUUGUUGACAAGCCCUAAUUUUGUUCGAAACCCAUGAUUUUCUGUAACUUGUUAUUGCUCCACCGAUUGUGUUUCUUCUGAUUGAGAAGCUGCCAUCUGGGAUUUUACCUUUCAUCGGAAUUGUUUCCUAUCGUCAUUGGCAUUUCAUUUAGACGAUAUUUGUACCAAAUUGUAUGGAGUGUUUUGAGAUCUGUGAAAGAUCAUGGUUCAAUGCCUAGAGGGAAUAAAGCAUUUUUGUGCUUCUAUAGCGAACUGUUGUGAUGCAGAUACGUCUAGGCAACCUAGGGGCCUUCAAGAUCCUGAAGCUCUUGCAAGGGAGACAGUAUUCAGCGUAAGUGAGAUAGAGGCAUUGUAUGAACUGUUUAAGAAGAUUAGUAGUGCAGUGAUUGACGAUGGGCUGAUCAAUAAGGAGGAAUUUCAACUAGCACUGUUCAAAACAAACAAAAAAGAGAGUUUAUUUGCAGAUAGGGUUUUUGAUCUGUUUGACACAAAGCAUAAUGGGAUACUUGAUUUUGAAGAAUUUGCACGUGCUCUUUCUGUCUUUCACCCGAAUGCCCCCAUUGAUGAUAAAAUUGAGUUUUCAUUCCAAUUAUACGACCUUAAACAGCAAGGAUUCAUUGAGAGACAGGAGGUAAAGCAGAUGGUUGUGGCUACACUUGCUGAAUCUGGCAUGAAUCUGUCAGAUGAUGUUAUAGAAAGUAUUAUCGACAAGACAUUUGAAGAAGCUGACACAAAACACGAUGGGAAGAUUGACAAGGAAGAGUGGCGAAACCUUGUUUUGAGGCAUCCAUCACUUUUGAAGAAUAUGACUCUCCAAUAUCUCAAGGAUAUCACGACCACGUUCCCAAGUUUUGUGUUUCACUCGCAAGUAGAUGAUACGUGAGAUGUCUCUCAUUGGGGAGGAGUUUUGGUGGUACAUGUCAAAGACUGUUUGGCUUGCAAGUUUUGUUUUGAAUUUGAUUGAUAUGAUUGCAGCUGUUCCUUUCUUUCUUUCUUUCUUCUUUUUUGUUGAAUGAAAUUGGAAAUGUUCCUGUUCUUGCAUUUCACCUGAAACCCGAGCUCAGUUAAGCCAAAUUCCAAGUAAAAAUUGUAGUUAGGUUUUGUA